AUGGAACAAAAGACUCUUUUGCGUUCAGUGCACAAGGAAUGUUUUUACGACGAGGAAGGCAAAAAUUCUUUGAAAAACUUUCAAGUGUUUUCAGAUUAUGAGGAGAUACUUCGAUUAAAGUCUAGACUUUUGAAUGAAGAUGAAACCCCUGAAUUCAUUGCUCCUUUUAUUCUUCCAUCAAAGCAUAUUGUUGUCACACGACUUAUUGAACAAGAACACCUAUUGAAUAAACAUGCAGGAACGUCCAUUCUUCUAACAAUCUUAAGAGAGAGAUUUUGGAUUAUAAAAGAUUAUCGGCUAGAUUAUCGAACUAGAUUAUCGGCUGUAUUCGAAGUGACCGGUGUCGAUCUAGCCGGACCUUUGACCAAGACUAAUAAGAAGGUUUGGAUCGUCCUUUUCUCCUGUGCUGUGUAUAGAACUGUUCACUUAGAGCUGAUACCUUCUCUUAGCACAAACGCUUUUGUUCAAGCAUUACGGCGAUUUAUUGCCAGAAGAAGUAGAGUAUCUACACUAUACUCAGACAAUGGUACCAAUUUCACUGGCCUCAACGCCUCCUUGAAGCGCCUUGAUUGGACCAAAAUCAUGAAAGAAUUUGAAGUUUCACAAAUCCAAUGGAAAUUUAAUCCACCCUCCGCCCCAUGGUGGGGAGGAUUCUGGGAAAGAUUAAUCGGAAUUCUCAAAGAUCUCUUUAGAAAAAACUUGGGACGGUCAUCUCUGACUCAUGUGGAACUGUCAACUCUUGUUUAUGAAUGUGAAUCGACCACGAACAAUAGACCUAUGACUUAUGUGUCUGAAGAACCAGAUUUGAGAGCUUUAACACCAUCUUCAUUCCUUCAUGACCUCCCUACUAACGAC